AUGCGCUUUAUCAGUUCGCUUGACUGGGAUCACCUUUUCUCUUUUGCAACACUUGCGUUUGGCAUUCGUUUCAAUAAGGACCCUACAUCAUAUGUCUCAUCUAUUAUAAAAAAUAAUAUUUCUUUAUUCAAUUCUUCGACAAUAAAUGCCACCAAAUUUUCUAAUCUUCUUACGAACGAUUCUAAGAGACCCCGUGCCCUCGUCAAUGCUAAGUUGAUCGAGGGUGAUGUCUCAGCUGUAGUUAAGGAAUUGCUACAUAAAUACUCUCUCUCUAUCUAUCUCUAUCUCUCUCUCUAUCUAUCUCUCUCUCUAUCUAUCUCUCUCUCUAUCUAUCUCUCUAUCUAUCUCUCUCUAUCUAUAUAUAUCUCUCUAUCUCUAUCUCUAUCUCUCUAUAUCUCUCUAUCUCUCUCUAUCUCUCUAUAUCUCUCUAUAUCUCUCUCUAUAUCUCUCUCUCUAUCUCUCUCUCUAUCUCUCUCUAUCUAUCUAUCUCUCUCUAUCUAUCUAUCUAUCUCUAUCUAUAUCUCUCUCUCUAUCUCUCUCUAUCUAUCUAUCUAUCUCUCUAUAUCUAUCUAUCUCUCUAUAUCUAUCUAUCUCUCUCUAUCUAUCUAUCUCUCUCUAUCUAUCUAUCUCUACAUAUAUACACACACACACACAUUACUACCACACAAUGGAGAAAUUUUCUCUCUCUUUUUAUCUAUCUCUCUCUUUUUAUCUAUCUCUCUCUUUUUAUCUCGCACUCUCUUUUUAUCUCGCACUCUCUUUUUAUCUCGCACUCUCUUUUUAUCUCGCACUCUUUCUUCUCUCGCACUCUCUUUUUCUCUCGCACUCUUUCUUCUCUCGCACUCUUUCUUCUCUCGCACUCUUUCUUCUCUCGCACUCUUUCUUCUCUCGCACUCUUUCUUCUCUCGCACUCUUUCUUCUCUCUUUUUUUUUUUUACUUUAGUUGUUUCUCGAGCAGGGUGGAAUCAGAAAACCAGCACAAAAAUUUACAAAAAGUAG